AUGAAGAGCGGAUUCACAUCAGUCACUGUCCUCGCAGGGUCGUUUGCGUCCUUGGCAACUGCACAUGUCGAAAUUUCGUAUCCGGGAUGGAGAGGAAACAACAUUAUUACGAAUGAGACGUUCCCGUUCGGGAUGCAAUGGAUGUAUCCAUGUGGCGGCCUGAACGUAACCCAGAACCGAACCCACUGGCCCCUCGAAGGCGGUGCCAUCGCCGUCCAGCCCGGCUACAACAGCGGCCACCAGAGUGCUCUUAUGUACGUCAACAUCGGCCUCGGCGAAGUGCCAUCAAACUUCACCACCGUCGUGGUUCCGAUGUUCCACCUCACCGGUCCCACGAACGAAGCCUACGACGGUACAGUCUGUCUGCCGCAUGUUCCUCUCCCGAGAAGCGUUGAGCCAAAGGAAGGUGAUUUGGCGACGAUACAAGUCGUCCAGGCAGCGAGACAUGGAGGUGCUCUUUUCAGCGCAAGUCUUUCCCGAGUGUCAUCGAGAAUGCCGGAUGGCUUGCUAAUUGCAGGGGAUGAGUCCAAGAUCGCCCCGGUUAACGAGAGCAACUGCUUCAAUUCUUCGGGUCUGAGCAUCCAAGCUGCCAGUAUCGCGAUAAACGAAAACUCAAUCACAGAUCCGUCUCCCACGGUCGUUUCCACUCCUUCUCCUACGAACGCUGCAAUCCGCAUGGUGGCUCCGGUGUCGGGCUUGAUUGCUGUGUUGUUGCUUCUGGUAUAG